AUGCCUUUUCUUACAGAAACCGUAGAACCCUGCAGAUGCGGGCAAGGGGCAUCGAGCUCAAAUGCCUCUGGUGUUACAGAGCCUUCAAGGGGCACUGCACCAGCUGUCCGGAGGUCUCUCUUUGACACUGUGGAGCCGCAUGGCUUUGCCAGUGAAGACGAAAUGGAGGGCCAACUAGUGGAAGCUGGAUGUUCAUAUGCCGCUCCGCCUCAGGCUGGCGCACGGUCCAAGUCUGUCGCAGUGGCUGCGACGCUUGUGGCUUGCGCACGGCCUAGGAUUGUUCCAGAGACUGGACAGGCACAGGCUGGUUCUCAACCAGAGUUCGUCGCAGCGGCUACACCACUACCAGCUGGUCCUCGACCUGAGCUCAUCGCAAAGGCAAGGCUCCAACCUGGUGGAGCACAGCCUGCGGAACUUCCGGAUGUUGCACCGCUACGAGCGGGCGGUGCACCGCUACGGCCACUGCAAAUAGCCCCAGGUGCUGCAGCACAGCAGCAGGAAGUCCCUCCUGACUGUCCUCCUGAGCUGGCGGAGGUUGAUGGCAUGGUGCACCUGAGGAAUGGCGUGUUUAUAACGAAGAAGCGGAUGGACCUUUCCCUAAAGAUGGGUAAAACUGACUCGAAGUUUAUUGCUUGGAUCGCCCGGAGUCUGUGGGAGCCGGAGGAACUCUUGGACAGGAGCGUCAAGGGGCUGCCCUGCCGGCGCUUGGUGAAGGAUGGGGCCACAGCCAAGAAAGAGCUGACCCCUAUAAAGGUUAAUGCCAUGGAAGUUGCACUGGGUCUGCGGAUCGACACACUCCAGAUGGGGGAGUUCACGAGAACGGAAAGAUUAGAAGCAAUGCGGACGAAGUUGUCUAACUUCCUGUGUGACAACAACCGUGCUGAUGAGAGGGCAGCUGCUCGCAGGGCAAAGAAGAACUAAAUGGGCAAGUGGAAUAAAAAGCAGAG